AUGGCUUCAAUUCCUGCAUGUCCUGAUCUGAGAAUUGUGAUGAUUGGAAAAACUGGUGUGGGCAAGAGUGCUGUUGGAAACACCAUCCUGGGAGAGAAGCGCUUUGAAUCCUGUCCUGACAAUGAGUCAGUAACUGUGUCCUGUGAAAAAUAUACAAAAUGUUUGGACAAUAAAACAGUUACUGUGGUAGACACACCAGGGAUCAUGGACACUUCGAAAGAACCAGAUUACAUCACAAGUGAAAUUGUGAGAUGUGUCAAACUCACAUGUCCUGGUCCUCAUGUGUUCCUGCUGAUCAUGCAAAUCGGUCGAUUCACCAAUGAAGAGAAAAAUGCAGUAGAAGCUCUGCAAGAGCUGUUUGGUCCAGAGGCAAACAAGUACAUGAUCGUGCUGUUUACCCGUGGUGAUGAUCUUGAUGGCAUGACCAUAGAACAAUAUGUAGGUAAGGGUACCGAAGCCUUCCGACGAGUCAUCCAGAGCUGUGGAAGCAGGUUUCACGUCUUUGACAACAGGAAAAGUGACAGAAACCAAGUGGUGCAGCUGAUCAAGAAGAUCGAUAACAUGGUUGCUGGAAACGGGGGGCGAUGCUACACAGAUGCCAUGUAUCAACAAGUUCAGGACGCUGCACAAAAACAAAACAAGAAAGCAGAGGACUUGGAUGAUUCUAUUUUUACAUUUAUGAGUGCAGUAAUGAAACGUGUUCUCAAAUUCUUCCAAAUACUUGCCAAACCGUAA